AUGUCUUUGGAGGUGGGAGGGGCCUAUCCCCAGGUGCAUGUCUUUGGAGGUGGGAGGGGCCUAUCCCCAGGUGCAUGUCUUUGGAGGUGGGAGGGGCCUAUUCCCAGGUGCAUGUCUUUGGAGGUGGGAGGGGCCUAUCCCCAGGUGCAUGCCUUUGGAGGUGGGAGGAAGCCGGAGUAGAACCCACGCAUUCACGGGGAGAACAUGCAAACUCCACACAGAAAGAUCCCGAGCCUGGAUUUGAACCCUGGACUGCAGGAACUUCGUAUUGUGAGGCAGACGCACUAACCCCUCUUCCACCGUGAAGCCCUAGAUAUAGUAAAAAAUAGUAAAAACAAUUACGUAUAGUAAGAAAAGUUACAGUACUUUAUUGCUACAUAUUAUUUCCGGGCUUUGGACGGCCAAAUAAAAAUAAUUGGCCCCCGAACCUUCACUUGGACACCAGUGGUCUGAGCAGGGGCGGAGCUAAAGGGGAGGCCGGGGUAGGACUGGACCCCCCCUGAAAUCUGAUUGGACCCCCCAGGUGCCACCCCAGAUGAUUGACAUAUCGCAGCACCGCACGUCUUGUCGGAAGGAGCCAGUUGCAUUUUUAAAUCAGUGAAGCCUAUUGACUGCAAAGUCGCCAGGUCUGAGGAGAGGUUGGAAGCUUCCGGAAGGAGAGACGCGGAACUACCAAACAUUUGGAGUGAAUUUGGCGGCGGCGAGAGUAUCUAAAUCUGUUUUGGCGGUUGAGCAUAAGCUGUUUUGUGACUGGAUCGAGAUGGAAGGGGAUAGUGACGGGAUGUAUGAGGAUAGUAUGGAAAUGGAUAGGACUAGAGGGGAGAGAGGAAAGAAGGGGAGAGGAGGGAGUGAAGGAAAGGCGAGUACUAAAAGAGUGCAUGAAGACGAUGAGGUUGAUAAGAGGAAAAGGGUUAUGAUGGAUGAAUAUAAGAUAAUUUAUACAUUUAAAUCAAACCAAGAUAUGAAUGACAUUAGUUUGAUGACACUGGUUAAGGGAUUAAAGAAGGACAUUGGAGAGGUGGAGAUAGCGAAGGUGCUCAGGGACGGACGGCUGUUGAUUAAAUGCAAAAAUGGAGAGCAAAAGAACAAAGCAAUGCGAUUGCAAAAACUGUGCAACAAAAUAAUAAAGGAAAAAAUCGAAGUGGGAGAACGAAAGGGGGCAAGAGGAGUCGUGACAGGAAUCCCAAGAGGAGAAAAUUUAGGUGAUCUGAAAAGAGAAAUAAAAGGAGGAACUGUCACUAUGAUGAAAAGAAUGAUGGCAUUUAGGAACGGUGAAAAGACUGAGAGCGAAUCCGUGCUAGUGCAAUUUGCAGAGGAGGUCCUACCAGAGAGAAUCAUGAUUGGGUAUCUAAGCUUCUAUGUUAGAGCUUACGUGCCCCCCCCAGUACGUUGUUUCAAGUGCCAACGCUAUGGGCACAUAGUAGUGUGUGUCAUGCUAAGAUGAGAUGUGGAAGGUGUGGAGGGGAGCAUGAAUAUGGACAAUGUGGAGAAAAUGAACAGGUCAAGUGUUGUAAUUGUGGCGGGAAUCACACAGCAGCGUAUGGGGGCUGCAUCAUAAGAAAACAGGCAACAGAAGUACAGCAAAUCAGAGUUGAACGAAAUAUUACAUACGCAGAGGCAGUUAAAAUAAGAAAUCAAGAAAGUGCAGAACAGGACAGAAGUGAAAAUAGUUCAAUAAAUAAAAAACAAGACGCAGCAAAUACAGGAAUUUCCAUGGACAAACUAGUUGUAUUCCUGGCUUAUGUAAUAAAUUGUACAGAACAGGCUAGAAACAAGACUGAGAAAAUCAAAAUAAUUGUCAAAGCAGCAGCAAAGUUUUUAAAUUUAAAAGAACUAUCCUGGGAACAGGUGCAAGGUGAGCUACAGAGAGUAGACGAGACCGAGUCAUGUGACCACAAUCCAACGCCAUGUUAAUUGUUCAGUGGAAUACCAGAAGUUUAAUAGCAAACGGACAGGAAUUAAAGGGAUAUAUUAAUAAUAUGAAAAAUAAACCACAUAUAUGUAUUCAAGAAACAUGGCUGAAGCCAAAAUUAAACUUUAUAAUAAAAGGAUAUAUAACGAUACGUAAAGAUAGGAAUGAUGGGCAAGGAGGAGGAUGUGCCAUAUUUAUUUAGGAAGAUAUGCAUUAUUCAAUAUUAAAAGUAAAACAAGAACUAGAGAUAGUAGGAGUAGAAGUAUGGAAUAAUAAAGAAAGAUACAAAGUACUAAACUUCUAUAAUCCAUGCAAGAAAUGAGAAAUUCACCAACUAGAAACAAUAAUGGAGCACUGGAGUGGCAAUAUUAUUUGGUGUGGUGACUUUAAUGCACAUAGCACAAUGUGGGGUGAAAGGGAUGACUGGAAUGGGGAAACAUUGGAAGCACUUUUGGAGGAAAAAGAAGUGGUGUGUGUGAAUGAUGGGUCGGGAACAAGGUUGGAUGUCGUCACGGGUAAAGAAACAGCAAUAGAUUUAACACUAGUGUCACAAGGGUUAGCAGGAAAGGUGGAGUGGGAAGUAAAUAAAUACAGCACAAUGGGAAGUGAUCACUACCCAAUCUUCAUUCACAUAAACAUAAAUCAUAGGACAGAAAGCACUAGGAUAGAAGGAAGAUGGAAGUAUAAUCAUGGUGACUGGGAGAAAUUUAGGGAAAUUACCGACAUAACUUUAAAGGAAGUAGAUAUAAAUCAAGAUAUUGAACAAUUAAAUACAGAUAUUACAAAGUGCAUAAUAGAAGCAGCCGAACAGAGCAUACCAAGGAAUAGUAUAGGGAGAAAAAGGAAGAUAGUGCCGUGGUGGACACAAGAGUGUACAGAUGCAAUACAAGAACGGAAUAGAGCAUUUAGAAUAUUGAGAAGAACACAUAAUUUCCAAGACAUGAUCCAAUAUAAAAGGCAUCAAGCUAGAGUAAGGUAUGUUAUUAAAAAAACAAGAAAACACCAUUGGAGAACUUUUUGUGAAACACUAAAUAGAACUACUCCUUUAAGCCAAGUGUGGGGAAUGAUCAAGAGAAUGUCAGGGCUCAGAAAAGAACAUAAAAAUCAUGUGAUGAAAGAUGGAACGCGGAGUGUGGGAGGAAAUAAAGAAAAAGCAGAACUUUUAGCAAAAACCUUUGUUAAAGUGCACAGUAAUGAUCAUUUGAGAAAUGUAGAAAAACAAAAGAGAGAAGAAACAAUUAGUGUAAAUAUUGAGGAAAUGAAGGAAGACAACGAUAAUAGUUUUAUCAACACUAUGGAUAUGACAUUUUCUUUGGAUGAAAUGGUUCGAAUUUUAAAAAAAGUUAAAAAUACGACGCCAGGGAAAGACCUGGUGAGUUAUCAAAUGAUCAAAAAUUUAGGUAGCAUCGGCAAAGAAGUGGUCUUGAAAUUAUAUAAUAGGAUAUAUGAAGAAGGAAAAUGAGCAGAUGAGUGGAAAACAGCUGUAAUAAUUCCAAUAUGCAAGCCAGGGAAAGAUCCGGAAGAGGCAGGAAAUUAUAGGCCGAUAGCAUUGACCUCAAAUUUGGGCAAAGUCAUGGAAAAAAUGAUUAAUGAAAGAUUAAUAUAUUAUUUAGAGUCAAAAGAAAUGAUAAAAAACUACCAAAGUGGUUUUCGCAAAGCAAGAAGCACAAAUGACCCAGCAGUGCAGCUGGAAGAGGAAAUUAGAAAGGGACAAAUAAAUAAAGAAAGUAUAAUUGCGGUAUUUUUUGACAUAGAGAAAGCGUAUGAUAUGUUGUGGAAACAGGGCUUGCUGAUGAAACUAAAUAAGAUUGGGAUUAGAGGAAGAAUGUACAGAUGGAUAAAAGACUUUUUAACAAGUAGAACAUUAUUAGUAAAAAUAGAGAAUGAAUAUAGUAGAGAAUACAAAGUGGAAAAUGGGACCCCACAAGGGAGUAUAAUAAGUCCAGUACUAUUUUCCAUCAUGAUAAAUGAAGUUUUUAGUGAAGUGGAAGGGUUAGUGGAGGUGGCAUUGUUUGUGAUGAUGGAGUGAUGUGGAAGAGAGGUAGAAAUACAAAUUAUAUAGAAAAGAAGAUUCAAAAAGCGGUAAAUAAUGUUCAAGACUGGGGGACGGCUUGGGGUUUAAGAUUCUCUGUUGGAAAGACAAAAGUCAGAAAUUUUACGAAGAGGAAAGUACAAAACAAGCUCCAAAUAAAACUCUGUGGAGAAAACAUAGAAGAGGUACAAGUAUUUAAAUAUUUGGGAAUAUGGUUUGAUAAAAAUAUGAACUGGUCAACCCACAUCAGCAAGAUAGUGGAGAAAAGUAAAAAGGUGUUAAAUAUAAUGAGGGCUUUGAGGGGUAAAGAUUGGGGGGCUGAUAGGUUGACAUUGAAAACAAUAUAUAUCACUUUAAUUCGGUCUGUUAUCGACUACGGAUGCAUUAUUUAUCAAUCUGCUUCAAAAACUCUACUCUAGAAAAUAGACCGGAUCCAGUCGCAGGCGUUAAGAUUAUGUUGUGGAACUACUAAAUCUACUCCAGUGGCAGCAUUACAAGUAAAAAUGAAUGAAAAACCUUUGGACAUGAGGAGAGAUCAACUCUCAGCAGUUUAUUGGGCAAACUUCAAAGGAUCCAAGCAAGGACAUCCAACCCGUCAAGUGCUACUAAACUGCCAAGAAAAAGGGAAGAAAAAAAUGAAUAGUUUUGGGUGGAUAAUAGGAGAUAUAUGUAAAAAAACACAAAUUGACAAUAUUAAAGUGAGCCCUACAGUACCAAUUCCUGCAAUACCACCGUGGAUGUAUGACAACCCAAAGGUAAACAUGCAAUUACUGAAGAAUAUACAUUUAAAUAGUUACCAAAUAGAACAACGGAUUGAGGAAAUGUUUUUUGAUAAUAUUAUGAUAUUCACAGAUGCAUCAAAAACUAUAAAUAGUAAAGUAGGAGCUGCUGCAGUUAUCCCACAAGGAAAUAUAGUGUUGAAUAAAAUAAUUAGUGAUAAACUAUCUGUUUUUACGGGGGAAUUGGUAGCAAUUUAUAUGGCAGUUAACUGGAUAGAGGAAAACAAAGCUAGGAAAGUAGUCGUGUGCUCGGACUCCAGCAGUGCAUUGACGAGCAUAAAAAACAUAGCAUCAGAAACAAGACUAGAUAUAGUUUAUGAAAUAGUUCAGGCAAUCUACAGGAUAAAUAAAGCGGGAGGUGUGGUAACAUUUCUCUGGGUUCCUGCUCAUGUAGGAGUUGAGGGAAAUGAGUUAGCUGAUAGAUACGCAAAACAAGCAAGCACUAAAACAGAAGUAAACAUGGAGAUUAAGCACAGUAAAGAAGAAGUGAAGAGCAUCAUUAGGAUAGAACACAAUAAAAAGUGGCAGGAUAAUUGGAAUAAGGAAAUAAAAGGUAGAGAGUUUUACAAAGUCCAGAGGAAAGUAGGUGUCAUGAGAGGAGGGGGUAGAAAUAGGAAAGAAGAAGACAUUAUUACUAGAAUGAGAGUAGGCCAUACAUACCUAAAUAGUUCACUAAAAUUGAUAGGCAAACAUACUACAGGGCUGUGUGAUUUUUGCCACCAGAUAGAAAAUGUUGACCAUGUCUUAAUACAAUGUAGGAAAUAUAAUAGAGAAAGAGAAAUACUGGAAAAUAAGUUAGCAAAAGAAAAUAUUAGGUUAGAAGUGGGAGAUAUAUUAGGAUUGCAUUCAGAAAACAUAGGAUAUAAAGCAAUAUACACAUAUUUAAAAAACACUGGGUUAAGUAAAAGAAUAUAGAGUAGGGAUCCACCUCGGUCCACACUCCAUUACAGUAGGUGGCGGUAAUGCACACCAGAAGGUUGCUUGCCAACCGCCAUAAAAACAAAAGAAGAAGAAGAAGAAGACUGCAAAGUCCCUCCUGUACAGUAGUUGGCGCUAUGUACCACAAAGCCUUGCCAGCCACGUUCAUAGGGGGAGAAGAAGAAGAACCCCCACUGAAGAAGAAGAAGAUUUAAACUGCAGUCAAUUAUCGUUGCUGGAGAGCAGACAUCAACGAAGUUACAAAGAAAAAGAAGGAUAACCUUCUCGUCGUAAAUUCCAUUAGACAAAGAAGAAAAAGAUGGCAGCUCCCUUCCUGGGACUAGUCGGGAGAGAGAACUCGCAACACAGCACAGCCCAUCUUCACCAGGAACCACGGUCAUAAUCUGCCUUUCAAAUGUUUCUCUUUGGCUUGGGAAGAUCUGUGGAGGAAGUUUUCGUUGGAAGGACAAAAAGAUGCUUGGACAGGAAGAGCUGAACGCUGAGGAUGUUUGCUUGCAGUCCCAACAAUAACUUUACGAGGCCGACUGGUUCGUAGCGAGACAUCUGCUCAGCAUGCCUUAUCAUGACCAGGAGUACCCAGGUCAGCCUCUCUGGCAGUCGGUGGUGCUCUUUUGCUCCAAGGGGAUGAUCGAGGUCAUCAUGGUCAUCCUCUUCUUCUGGCUUCUGGUUCAGGUGCUCUUCACCAAACAACUGGAAGUCAACCUUCAAAUCCUCCUCCUGGUCGGACUCAUCGCGUUCUGUCUGUCUUUGCUCCUGGGAUGUGUCCUGUGCUGCUGGAGAAGUCGCAUCUGUUGUGACGACCGAGAAAGUCUUGACUCCGAUCCAACGGCCGAGGCGUCGCCCAGACGGCAAUAUGAGGAGCUGGCUGGAGACACGCUGGACUACCCGUCCACCUUCGCCAGCCCCGCAGCCUUUGAGCCCGAAUUGACUUCCUGGUCGUUUUCCAGUAAAGCGUGUGAUAGGAAGGAGUCUUUUUUCUCCCUUCGCCGCCUCAGCACGCCGCUAUUAACUCCGCCUCUUUAUGAACCCAUGAGUGGCAGCCGUGCUUCGCUGCCCUCGUUUCCUAAACUGCUGUCCAAAAGACGGCAGGCCCUGCAGAGGCGCUGCACUGUGACCGGCGAUGGUUUUUCUCCCGAGCCCACACACUCUCCGACCACGCCGGAGGAACCCCUCCCACUGGUGCCGUUAAACCACGGCGUCAAACCCUCACCGACACAAUGCCUCCGUUUUACCAUGCUUUUCUCCCCAGAGGGUCAAACCCUGACCAUCAGCAUCCUCAGCCUCACGGGCUGCUCACACAGUCUGGAGGAUGCAUCCGUGCUGGGCUGCCUCCCGCCUCUGCACCCGUCCUUCACCCACGCCUCCGUCCACGCCGGCCUCAAGCCAAUCCUGCUGUGGACCGUCAGAUCUGCCGAGGAGCUCCAAAAGUGCACUUUAAAAAUGGCCGUCUACGCGCGGGACCAACACGGCCGCCGAGGCUCAGCGCUGGGUCAUCUGCAGACUGAAUUUGGAGGUAGAGACUGGAGGACAGCUUGCGAGUUUCACUUCACUGAAGAGCUCCAGGCAAACAAAUGGCCGCCAGAAAAGGUUGUCACGACACACACUUAGGGACGUAACGGAAUGAACCUUCCAUAUCACGCUUAUCUUGAUUCAGCGGUCCUUGAACUCACCAUAAAAAUACCUCUGGUACAUCCCUGUCUUCUGAGACAGCACACCCAGCAGGAACAAGACAUUGAUUAUACCUACAUGUCCUUUCAAACUGACUUUGGGACAACGCAGCAAAAUAGUUGGAUUUCUACAUUGAGGCAAGGUUGAGGUCUAACGUUGGAUCAACGUUGUUGGUCGGGGAAAUGACCACAUGUCAAUGGUCAAGUCAACAUCACAACCUGACAUUGAAUAAACAACAACAAACAAUGUUGUUUCAAUGUUGCAUUUUGUGUUGCGAAUAUUGCUUGGUACCAAAUUUCAAUGGUCAAGUCAAGGUCACAGCCUGACAUUGAAAAAACGUUGUAUUUGUGUUGUAGAAUGUUGGUAGGGAAAUACUCAAAAUUCAAUGGUCAAAUCCACGUCAAAAUCCGACAUAGAUUAAACGUCGUCAAAAAGCAUUUUGUUUCAACGUUACACAUGUGUUGUGAAAAGAAUUGGUUGGGAAAUAACCAAAAUUCAAUAGUCAAAUCAAUCAAUCAAUCAAUCAAUGUUUAUUUAUAUAGCCCCAAAUCACAAAUGUCUCAAAGGACUGCACAAAUCAUUACGACUACAACAUCCUCGGAAGAACCCACAAAAGGGCAAGGAAAACUCACAUCCAGUGGGACGCCAGUGACAAUGCUGACUAUGAGAAACCUUGGAGAGGACCUCAGAUGUGGACCGAAAGCAAUGGAUGUCGAGCGGGUCUAACAUGAUACUGUGAAAGUUCAAUCCAUAGUGGCUCCAACACAGCCGCGAGAGUUCAGUUCAAGCGGAUCCAAGACAGCAGCGAGAGUCCCGUCCAUAGGAAACCAUCUCAAGCGGAGGCGGAUCAGCAGCGUAGAGAUGUCCCCAACCGAUACAGGCGAGCGGUCCAUCCUGGAUCCCGACGAGCGGUCCAUCCUGGGUCUCGACUCUGGACAGCCAGUACUUCAUCCAUGGUCAUCGGACCGGACCCCCUCCACAAGGGAGGGGGGGACAUAGGAGAAAAAAUAAAAGAAGCGGCAGAUCAACUGGUCUAAAAAGGAGGUCUAUUUAAAGGCUAGAGUAUACAGAUGAGUUUUAAGGUGAGACUUAAAUGCUUCUACUUCUAUCAACGUCAGAAGCUAACAUUAAUGAAAUGUCAUCUAAAAGCAUGUUGUUUGAUUAUUGUAUUUGAGUUGUAGAAUAUUGGUUGGGAAAUAACCAAAAUUCAAUGGUCAAAUCAACGUCAAAAUCCAACAUAGAUUAAACGUCGUCAAAAAGCAUUUUGUUUCAACGUUACACAUGUGUUGUGAAAAGAAUUGGUUGGGAAAUAACCAAAAUUCAAUAGUCAAAUCAAUCAAUCAAUGUUUAUUUAUAUAGCCCCAAAUCACAAAUGUCUCAAAGGACUGCACAAAUCAUUACGACUACAACAUCCUCGGAAGAACCCACAAAAGGGCAAGGAAAACUCACACCCAGUGGGCAGGGAGAAUUCACAUCCAGUGGGACGCCAGUGACAAUGCUGACUAUGAGAAACCUUGGAGAGGACCUCAGAUGUGGACCGAAAGCAAUGGAUGUCGAGCGGGUCUAACAUGAUACUGUGAAAGUUCAAUCCAUGGUGGCUCCAACACAGCCGCGAGAGUUCAGUUCAAGCGGAUCCAAGACAGCAGCGAGAGUCCCGUCCACAGGAAACCAUCUCAAGCGGAGGCGGAUCAGCAGCGUAGAGAUGUCCCCAACCGAUACAGGCGAGCGGUCCAUCCUGGGUCUCGACUCUGGACAGCCAGUACUUCAUCCAUGGUCAUCGGACCGGACCCCCUCCACAAGGGAGGGGGGGACAUAGGAGAAAAAAUAAAAGAAGCGGCAGAUCAACUGGUCUAAAAAGGAGGUCUAUUUAAAGGCUAGAGUAUACAGAUGAGUUUUAAGGUGAGACUUAAAUGCUUCUACUUCUAUCAACGUCAGAAGCUAACAUUAAUGAAAUGUCAUCUAAAAGCAUGUUGUUUGAUUAUUGUAUUUGAGUUGUAGAAUAUUGGUUGGGAAAUAACCAAAAUUCAAUGGUCAAAUCCACGUCAAAAUCCAACAUAGAUUAAACGUCGUCAAAAAGCAUUUUGUUUCAACGUUACACAUGUGUUGUGAAAAAAAUUGGUAGGGAAAUAACCAAAAUUCAAUAGUCAAAUCAAUCAAUCAAUCAAUCAAUGUUUAUUUAUAUAGCCCCAAAUCACAAAUGUCUCAAAGGACUGCACAAAUCAUUACGACUACAACAUCCUCGGAAGAACCCACAAAAGGGCAAGGAAAACUCACACCCAGUGGGCAGGGAGAAUUCACAUCCAGUGGGACGCCAGUGACAAUGCUGACUAUGAGAAACCUUGGAGAGGACCUCAGAUGUGGACCGAAAGCAAUGGAUGUCAAGCGGGUCUAACAUGAUACUGUGAAAGUUCAAUCCAUAGUGGCUCCAACACAGCCGCGAGAGUUCAGUUCAAGCGGAUCCAAGACAGCAGCGAGAGUCCCGUCCACAGGAAACCAUCUCAAGCGGAGGCGGAUCAGCAGCGUAGAGAUGUCCCCAACCGAUACAGGCGAGCGGUCCUUCCUGGGUCUCGACUCUGGACAGCCAGUACUUCAUCCAUGGUCAUCGGACCGGACCCCCUCCACAAGGGAGGGGGGGACAUAGGAGAAAAAAUAAAAGAAGCGGCAGAUCAACUGGUCUAAAAAGGAGGUCUAUUUAAAGGCUAGAGUAUACAGAUGAGUUUUAAGGUGAGACUUAAAUGCUUCUACUUCUAUCAACGUCAGAAGCUAACAUUAAUGAAAUGUCAUCUAAAAGCAUGUUGUUUGAUUAUUGUAUUCGAGUUGUAGAAUAUUGGUUGGGAAAUAACCAAAAUUCAAUGGUCAAAUCAACGUCAAAAUCCAACAUAGAUUAAACGUCGUCAAAAAGCAUUUUGUUUCAACGUUACACGUGUGUUGUGAAAAAAAUUGGUAGGCAAAUAACCAAAAUUCAAUAGUCAAAUCAACGUCAGAAGCUAACAUUAAUGAAAGCGGUAUAGCUCGGUUGGUAGAGUGGCCGUGCCAGCAACUUGAGGGUUGCAGGUUUGAUUCCCGCUUCUGCCAACCUAGUCACUGCCGUUGUGUCCUUGGGCAAGACACUUUACCCACCUGCUCCCAGUGCCACUCAUACUGCUUUAAAUGUAACUUAGAUAUUGGGUGUCACUAUGUAAAGCGCUUUGAGUCACUAGAGAAAAGCGCUAUAUAAAUAUAAUUCAAUUCAAUUCAAUGAAAUGUCAUCUAAAAACAUGUUGUUUGAUUAUUGUAUUUGAGUUGUGGAAUAUUGGUUGGGAAAUAACCAAAAUUCAAUGGUCAAAUCAACAUCACAACCCGACAUUGAAUAAACGUUGUCUCAAAGAAUAUUGUUUCAAUGUUGUAUUUUGUGUUGUUUGGUAUUGGUUCCGAAAUAACCCAAUUUCAAUGGUCAAGUCAAGGUCACAACUUGACAUUGAAUAAACGUCGUCAAAAGG